AUGGCUCACUCACUGACUUGGAAGCUCCUCAGUCCCGAGCAGACGCACGAGUGUCUCACGGCGCCUGAUGUGCCAUCUAUUCGCUCCGUAUUGAAGAAAAUUGACGAAGCCUGCGAUGGAAAACUCAUUGGUGCGGCAAAAUACAACGAAGGGAAAGUAAUGAUCGUUCUGGAUAUGCUUGCCCAUCUUAUUCUUUUCUGUAAGUCACGUAGCAUGUCACCAGAGAAGGUCAGUACUCUUGUUGGAAUUGUAAUUAAGAUUCAUGAGGAAAGCAUGUCAGGUGGAUACACACGCGCCAAGUCUUAUCAUCUGAUGCGGGAUCUCAUGAUAAAGCACAGCGUCCCGCGACCACCAUUUUCCUGUGGUGUUUUUACUGUACGGGACGCACAGGAAAUUGAUGAGUACAUGUUGCGGUCAUAUUAUCGCCACUACAAAAUGUAUUUUUAUGCCUUUGUGCCACGACAGGUGAUGAAUGUCCGCUGCCUAGAUGUAACUCACAUUCAUCAGGUACCGCCAGUUGGACUGCCAUCGCUGUCCACUGCCGUUGUCGAGAGUGAGUGGCGGACCAAAGUGGAGGAGCAGCGGCGCGAGGCCGAGGAACAGGCCAUGCAAGAGGGGGAGAUUGCCUCGGAUGCAUACGAGGAAGAGAGAAUGCGGAAUCGGUUACUUGCUGAUCCCCAUUAUAGUGAUGGCAUUCGGGAACAACUUGAGUGCAUCAAGAAGGAAGUAUCCUCCAAAGCUGUUGGCCGCCUGGACGAGAUUGAGAUGAGGCUGCAGGAGAUUGAGAAGAAAGUGGCGGAAUCCUUUGCGCGGUCAGAUUCCAAACAAGGAAGGCGCAAGAAAUAA